GCGACUGGGUUCGACGCGACUUGGUUCGACGAUCGGUUCGAUGUGGCUCGGUUCGACGAUACCUGCUGUUGCCCGCGAUCGCUUUGCUGUUUCGAUUGGACUCCCUGCUGGCGCAAACGCUUCUGCGCUGGGGAGUGGUUUCAAGCUAGGCGAUGGUUCCGUGCUGCAGGAAAUGCCAUUCAAUCACUCUUGCAUUGCUGAAAUGAUGCAAGCGGCAUCUCAUUGUUAUAAUAAGCCCAACAAGACUGAAGACUGCUACGAAGCAUGCAAUGCUACUUCGACUUUGCUUUAUGAUUGUCUUCGUAUCAGAAGUGACGAAGUGAGCAACAAUGUUUCAUCCUGGCCAGUAUUAUAUAUUUGUGGUGAUGGAGCAAACAGAACUGCUGGGCUGCAGUGGGAAGUGCCAGCCAACCACCCUUGCUUUGUGAGCAUUGUCCGUGUUGGUCCUGUCUGUCGUGACAUCACAAAGCCUGAAGAUUGCUCCGAAGCAUGCAAGGAAGCUUCAAGAGAAGUCCGUAACUGUGUUCGUCGCAGAACUGACCAAGUGAGCACUGAUGUAAAAGCUGCGCCAAUGGUUCUGACAUGCAGUGCAGCCUCAGCGGUUCGGCUGAGUGGGACCAGAAUUACUAUCGCUGCACUCAUUCUCAUUCUUAGUUUGCUUCUCCACUCAUCAUCGUAGACAUACCAGCUCAAAAUCUCACCUAGGAGAAAGAAGACAAAGAAAAAGAAACAUCAACCUGGUCCAAGGGAGAGGUAGACAAAAUACUUCUUUGAUUUACAGCUCGUUCAACCUACUCACAGCGCUGCAGCCUUACCAAAUGAAAUUCUACACUCCUCACAGUGACAGAAAAGUACUAAGUAGGGAUGCAGACAGCUGCAGAUUAGUGGUAGGGAUCUGGAGGUGCUGGAGAGACCUGCAUCACAUAAAUCAAAGAGAUAUUAAGAUGCAUUCAUUACAUUUAUUGAUGCUGCCGGUUUCAUAUUUGUGAUGUCGGCGUCAUCUCGCUACAUUUGAAUUAUUUUUGUAGUUCGUGAAUUUCCAAAUGGUUUUCAUGAAACAGUGCUUGCAAGCAAAGACUGCACACGUUGCAAUCUCGCUUAGAGACAGAAUGGUACAGACUUGAACAGCAAGUAUACAUGAAAUGUAUGAUGUUUUCAUUGUUUUGGCCCUCUUUUUUAAAUUGAGCUAAUGGAUGGUAGGCAGCUAGAUUUCUGGGAAGGUAGGUAGGUAUGAGUGUAUGAAUUAAAUAGGGUGAUGACUGCAGGAUGCCGCGAAGGAGCGACAAAGAGGGAUGUUUUUUAUGAAGCAUCAAAUAUAUAAAGUUUGGGACAAUUAUGGCUUGGGUGGGAGGAUGGAUAGUCUAGGAACUGGGAAUUGGAGCCUGAGCUUGGCUACCUUCUUCCCCCGAAUACAACAUACGGUCAUUUUAGCUGUAUCUAGACUGAAAGAUGCCUCAAAUACAGCUAUAAUGACCGUACGUUUUAUUCGGUGGAAGAAGGUAGCAAUAGGAUAGCACAAACAUUCUGUACGUGUUCAGAGAACUUCAGAGAUAGAUCUAUUGCCAGCUAUGGACACCUACAUUGUCUCAAAAAAGAGGAGAAGGCGUUGCGAGGAGGGUGCACAUGUUUUCAAGGGAUGAUGAGAGAGAGGUAAGGGACAGUUCUUGAAAAAGAGAGAACGCAAAAAAAAAGGGGGGACAGAAUUAGUAUAUGAAUUAUGCAUGCAAGCAAGAUAAAGUGUACCAGGCUAC